AUGGUGACUGCUACUACCACCGGUGCUGACUCGAGCUCUACCGAGACUGGAUCUGGCAGCUCCAGCUCCAGCUCAGAUUCUGGCUCUGGCUCCGGUGCUGGCUCUUCAACUGACGCUGGCUCCGGCUCUAACUCUGCCGCUCCCACUUCCACUUCCAAUGCCGCUCAGCCCCUGGCUACUGUCGCCAGCGGUGCUGUCGGAGCCCUGGGUCUUGCUGUCAUUCUGGUUCUGUAA